AUGCACGCGGAGCGAUUCAUCAAUCUUUCUCCGCUGAGUCUGCUGGCUAACACGGUGGGGUUGUGGUUCAAGGACGUUCGCACGCACCCUCCGAUCCUGUUCCGCUUCCCACCUUUGAAGGAGGGCACACAGCCAUCGGAUGUGCGUUCAUCCAAGUCCGGUGUGGCACCUGCUGGCCAGAACUCGAGUACAGGUGACCGACAUAGCGGGAAUAUGAUCGUCUCGCUGGACGGUCUGAGUAAUGGGGCAUCACCCUACGCCUCGCUCGAUGGCGCCAUCUAUAUUCAAAGGCAGACGCAAACACGGGCCCGGCUGCCGAACCCUGCAUUAGAUGUCGACUUGCGGUCUUUGAACCUUCAUCUAGCGCUCCGGGUGAAAGAGAUUGUGGCGUGCGCGGAGGCUAUGUGGGAGUGGGUAUGCGAGUUUCAAACGAGAGGUAGGAGGAAGGAAGAAGAAGGGGUGUACGCUAAGAUCAUGGGACUGACAAGGUCGCAGUUCGAUGAGUUAUUGUUGAGGUUUGAACUGUGA